UGAUAUAGUAGUGGGUUAUAUUAGGCUAUAGAGUAUUGGUGUUGUUGAAGAUAACAAAAACGCGAGAGUCCUCCUCAAGAAAAGCCAAUCCCACGAAACCAAAGAAAGAAAGAAGAGAGAAGAGAAAGCAAAGGCCACGAGAGAAAGAAAAGAGCAGAAUAAGGUGUCUCUCUUGGACUGAUUCGUUUCAAUCGCAUCUAUCUUCCUUAUAUAUAUAUAUAAAGAUAAAAGAAACAACCGCAACAGCACAUAUAUAUAAUAGCGAAACAAGGAAAGAGUUUUAGUAAAUAUAAUGAGAGAAGAAGAAAGGUGCUGCUGGUGAUAAAAGAAGAGAACUGCUUGUUGCUGGUGUCGCUGGCCUCUCUACAGAUAUACAUAUAUUUAAUCCAUUCGUCGAUUCUUUCUUAUUGAUUUUCUUUUAUUCUCUCUCACUCUUUAAGAAGAAGAAGAAGAAGAAGAAGACGACGAAGAAAAGCAGGAGUAGCUGUCUCAUUCUUUUUCCUCUCAUUGCAGAGUCCGCCUUAUAAUAGCUUUUGGGCAUCUUCUCGAUCAUCAUGCUUCUUAUGUGCUAGCGUUUAUUGCUUUCUCUCUCUCUCUCUUUUCUUCCGCAUUUGCUCCAUACCCUUUGUUUUCUUUUUAUCUCAUCCUUUCUUUACCAUACACACAUAACGCAAACCAUAUAAAGAUUAUAUAUUCAUUUCUUACACCUUCAAAUAUACAUAUAUACACACACAUCUUUUCUCUGUAAUGGCCGUUCAAGCUCAAUACCCUUCUAAUAUUCUCCUUCUAAACAGAAACGGCCAAGAGGGUGGCCAUGAUUACUCCUUGCAACCGCAACCAGGAGGAUUUCUUGAUCAAUCCCAUAUCCUAUUCACCAAUGGAGGGACUCAUAAUAAUAACAAUAACACACGCAAAAGAGGAAGAGAAGUGGUAGCAGCCGGUGGUGGCAUAACAACAACGACAACCGCAAUCCAUCAAUUCUCAUCUUCCAUGCAGCCUCAAGCUCAGCCUCAACUCAUAGAACUUUCUCAACUCCAUAAUAACCACCAUCAUCAGCCACCUCAACCCAAUGUUGUCUCUACUGGUCUCCGAUUAUCUUUUGGUCAUCACCAACAGCAGCAGCAGCAUUAUCAACAACAGCAGCAAUCAAGUACUGCAACUCAAUCCACUGCUUUCAUUUCCUUAUUAUCAGAAGAUUUUGCCACUCAAAUUAAACGCCAACGUGAUGAAAUUGACCAUUUCCUUCAAGCCCAGGGCGAACAGCUGCGGCGUACAUUAGCAGAAAAGAGGCAAAGGCACUAUCGUGCACUUCUAAGCGCAGCGGAGGAAUCAAUAUCUAUGCGAUUAAGUGAAAAAGAAGCCGAAGUUGAAAAGGCCACGCGCCGGAAUUCCGAGUUAGAAGCACGCGCCGCCCAACUUAGCGUUGAGGCACAGGUUUGGCAAGCAAAAGCCAGGGCACAGGAGACGGCAGCGGCUUCGCUGCAAGCUCAACUGCAGCAAGCUAUAAUGAGCGGCGGCGGCGGCGGAGUGACGGCGGAUAACCGGAGGGGGGAUGAUGGAUUAGGUUGCUCCGGCGGUGGUGGUAUCGAGGGGCAGGCGGAGGAUGCGGAGUCUGCUUACGUGGAUCCAGAGCGGGUGACUGUAUCGGGCGGGCCGACCUGUAAGGGUUGCCGAAAAAGGGCGGCUACAGUGGUGGUGCUGCCGUGUCGGCAUUUAUGCAUGUGUACAGAAUGUGACCAAGUAGCCCAAGCCUGCCCUCUUUGCCUCCAAGUAAGAAAUUCUAGCGUUGAGGUUUUUCUGUAUUAAAAGGCCCAGGCCCAUGAAGUGGCCGAGCCCAGCCUAUUUGAGAUUUAAAAGGGGGAAAAAGAUUAAAUAAUGGUAAGAUAAUAAAAUUCAGAAAUUUAUUUUGUUUUUCAUUUUCAUUUUUGGGGGUAAGAUAUUAUUAGCUCACUGAAGACUGAAUUUUAGUUUUGUGAAUUUUGUUUUUGGUUCCCACCCUCUUGGAAUGAAGUACCAUAGAGGUAAUGUACAUGGCCACAUGGGUAGUGGUAUUUCUUUUUUAUGAUUUAAUUCAUAUAUAAAUUCUUUUAUUUGAUAA